AUCCUGAUAAUUAUUGAUCGAUUUUCUCUCUCCUCAACCCCAGAGAAAAAAAACCAAAAACGCCAAUUCGAUUCGCCAUUGUUGUACCUCCAUCUCUCAGAUCCAAUCUCUACAAAUUCAUUAAAUCAAUCAAUCAUGUCUACUGCAGUCUUCAAUGGCGAUGAAACUGCUCCCUUCUUCGGCUUCCUCGGCGCCGCUGCCGCUCUCGUCUUCUCCUGUAUGGGAGCUGCGUAUGGAACCGCGAAGAGUGGUGUAGGAGUGGCGUCGAUGGGAGUGAUGAGGCCAGAAUUGGUGAUGAAAUCGAUUGUACCCGUUGUUAUGGCUGGAGUUUUGGGUAUUUAUGGAUUGAUUAUUGCCGUCAUCAUUAGUACUGGUAUUAACCCUAAGGCUAAGUCGUACUACCUCUUUGAUGGUUAUGCUCAUCUUUCUUCUGGUCUUGCUUGUGGUCUUGCUGGUCUCUCCGCUGGUAUGGCCAUUGGUAUUGUCGGCGAUGCCGGUGUCAGAGCUAACGCCCAGCAGCCCAAGCUUUUCGUUGGAAUGAUCCUGAUCCUGAUUUUCGCUGAAGCUUUGGCUUUGUACGGUCUGAUUGUUGGUAUCAUCCUCUCUUCUCGUGCUGGUCAGUCAAGAGCCGACUAAAAGAGGUUGACCUAUCGAUCUAUGUUGUUUCCAUUGCCACCGCUGGAGAUGUAAUUUUUUCUUACUCGGACAUUGAGAAGGGUUACUUGGCAUUCAAAGUGGCUCUGAUUAUAGUCUUAUUGUUUUGAGUUGUGAUUGGUGGUUCUACAUGGAGAUUGUUAAAACCCAAAAUGUAGAGAGUUUAAUAGUUAGUGGGUCUCUUCCAAAUAAAGUUAUGAUGUAUCAUUAUUUUCCAUCUUUGCGCUCCUGGAUAUGGAGAUUCAGUUUGGACAUCCUGUAACAUUACGUUUAGAUGCCAAAUAUUCUUUUGAGCUUUUUCA